AAUUAUAAUUGUUUUAUAUUUUAAAAAAUUGGAUUUAUUAUGAUUAACAAAAUUAUAAAUUUUCCAAAAACGUAUUUUGAAAAAUAUUAUGCAGUUGUCAGGUGUAUAUUUUGUAUUACCCGGUAAAAUUAUUUUUGUAUUUUUGAUCGCUUCGAUAUUAUCGAAGAGAAAAAAUAACACCUGUUUUAUUUCUCUUCUCCAACCGUCAUAGCUCGCCCUCUCUCUCUCUCUCUCUCUCUCUCUCUCUCUCUCUCUCUCUCGCGCAGAGCUCGGUUUCAAUCUGCAGGAUAAACCCUAAAGAUGACUGCUCUUCCCAAUUCGCUGGUCUUAACAAGAAGUUCUCCAAUUCAAUUAUCUCCUGGCUCUCCUUUUAAGCCAGUGGACCAGUUUCUUGGGAGCGGGGGCUCUACAAACUUGUCGUUUAAUGCGAAUAAUCGCUUGGGUAAAGUGCAGCUUCUAAACUCCAAAAGGCCACUAACUGUUCAAGCAGGAUACGGUGAAGGUGGACGGCCAAGCAGUGCUGGCAUUUUUGUUGGUGGUUUUGUUUUGGGAGGAAUAAUAGUUGGAACCCUGGGCGCUGUAUAUGCACCUCAGAUUAGCAAGGCAUUGGCUGGAGCAGACCGAAAGGAUCUAAUGAGGAAGCUGCCCAAAUUCAUUUAUGAUGAAGAGAAAGCUUUGGAGAAAACAAGGAAAGUACUGACAGAGAAGAUUGCACAGCUGAACUCUGCUAUAGACGAUGUUUCUGCUCAGCUCCGAUCGGAAGAUGCUCCAAAUGGAGCCGCGGUGAACUCUGAUGAAAUGGAAGCUACUAUAUGAGAAUGUUUCUGUUUAUGGGAUUCGCUGCCAUUGAUUCCCAUAGAACAUAGCUGAUUUUUCUGUGAUCUUCGAUGAUUUUCUUCUUGACUAUCUGUCCUGUUAAUCCAUCAUAAUGGCAGCCCUUAAUGGGUGAAUUUAUUUUUGCCCAACAUAACAUGAAAGGAAAAGAAAAGAAAAAAUAAAAUGGAUAGGAGAAAAACUGUUCAGCA